AUGCCCUGUAUCCAGAACCCUUGGAUAGAAAACAAGCCUUUUUCAUUUUUUGACCUUGUCGGCCCUGGCGGCAGCAACCGAGGCGGGGGGGGACGCGUAUGUAGUUUAAAUGAGCUGAACGAGACACGAGACCCAACGAUAACAACCGAAUCAUCCGUAAACGAGGGACCAGUCAGCAUCUUGGGAAGUCCUGCGAGCCGAGAUGCAUCUUCAUCGAUCAUCGAGGCACUCGCGCAGACGCACAUACACACACACUUUCUGUAUCUAUCUGUCUUCUUACAAUUCUCACCCUCGAGCGCCUACGUGCCUCAGAGAAGCGUCAAGCAUACGCAGCCAGUGGGUGGCGGGCGCUUAACUCCAAGCGUUCCUGCCGCCUAA